GUUGGUUACCAUAGUAACCCAAACGGUCAGGCGCUUCGGUGAACUGAGCGCUCGACGUUGACUUACACUUGUGGUAACUUUUGCCCUAUAUUUAAUUAUUUAGCUGCCUAACUGAGACACAACCAUGUCUAAGGAGAGGAGAGAAGCAAAGAGAGCAAACACCCAGGAUGACGCCUCUAAAAAUGAAGGGCUGAGUCCAACAUUGCCUGUACAGACCUUCGAUGAAUAUCAGUGCUGUGGAAAUGUGGAGAUCGACUUCCCUCGGCUUUGUUCUCUCCUGGACAUGAAGUAUAUUCCAGCUGCAAAGUCUCAGAUCACAGCCUCGUCUAGCUCUGGUACUAAAGGAGGAGGCACUGACAACAAGCCAGAGGAAAACACUGAACCUUUUUGGGAUAAGCCUUGUCUACACGUUGAGCUGUAUAAGGAAGACCCCCUCACUGCCAACACAUUGAGGGUUUCUGGGUGGAAAUUGAAUGAGCAGCUUUUCCGAGUGCUGAUGAAGAUGCUUCCUUCCAUGAAAUUGCUACGGAGGAUUCUGUUUUGGCAGGCGGGACUGACAGAUCAAAUGGUGAUCUCCCUCAUGAGCACAGUAUCUCUGUGCUCCAGCCUCAGAAUUGUGACACUGGAGGGCAACACCCUUCCAGAGCGGAGCCACCACCUUCUUCUCUCUGAGGACAGUGUUCUCACUCAGUUGUCCCUUCGAAAUAAUCGGAUUGGAGACGAAGGCGCUCGUCUCAUUGGUUUGGCCCUGUCAACAACCCGGUCCGCUAACAAGAACCUUACGUCACUCAACCUGGCAUUCAAUUCAAUUGGUGAUGCAGGAGCUAAGUACAUUGCACAGGGUCUACGGUUCAAUCGUACUUUGCGUUUUCUCGCGUUGACCAACAACCAUAUUGGAGACUCAGGAGCUGCUCAUCUGGCCGGGAUACUUUGUGAGUUUGCUCUAACUCAUGAAGAAAUAGUUGAGAGGAGGAAGCUCCUGCUGGAAAGAGGGCAGUCUUCUGCUUUUAGGGCUGAAGAAUCAUCUGCUGAACAGUCUGGUUCGGUGCUCAGCAGCUCAUCACUCAGUGUCAGCAGAGAGGAGAAUGAAGUCCCUACCAAAAAAAGGGAAGUGUCCAAAAAAGACAAGAAAGCAGCUGCUGACAAAGAAAACCAGAAGAUCAGCAAGAACCCUUCCGAUAAAAAGGGAUCUCAGAGUAAAGAUGGAAAGCCUGGAGGCAAAGAGGUAGAACCACCUGAACAGGAGCCCGAGUUGGUGGAGAACGUGCACCCCCUACUGGAUGAGGUGGUGAAUUACAGAGACGGACAGCUCUUUAUUCCCGGGAACACGACUCUCAUCUCUCUCUGUUUGGCAGGAAACAGGAUCACAGAGAAGUCAUUACCUCUGAUCCUGGCAUCACUGGAGAUGCAGCAUGAUAGAAAAAUACUGCCACGACUCUAUCUGCAGAGAAACCGCAUCCCACCAGAAUGUGAGAGUUACGUGAUGAUACAGAAACUGAUGGAGCAAAGAGAUCUACUUAAAAAGCAGCAAUGAACGUACAGAGACGAAGGGAGAGGAGGCACAAUUCAAGUUCCAAUGUCCUCUGUUUUAUAGCAAUAGGAGUUAUUGUUUUGUUCAUUUUUUUAAAAAAAUUUUUUAAAACAAGAUGGACAAAAAUGACAUAUCCAUGUAAUUUAGUUCUCACAUGCAGCUUAAGCUUCAACACACUGCCUAAAUUACAGUUACCAAUAACUCUUUAUUACGAUUUACGUGCUUAUAUGGGAAUGUGAAUAUAUAAUAUGACAGAACAUUUGAAUCGCUCCUUCUUCAUUAUGUUUUUCAUUGAAUGUGUCAGUUCCUCAGGCUACUCAGUGUAUAAAUUUACACUUUUAAAGAUUGUAUUGUGUAAACAGGAAAUAUAAGAAUCUGAAUGUACUUUUUAUUUUUAUUUAUUUUUUACCUUUGUGUUUUUUUUGUAUGUUUUUUUUUACCAAACAAACAACAUUAUUAAGCAUUAAUUCUUUCCAAAAAA